AUGGAGAUCCCACUGGUGAGUGGCAACGUCACCAAGCGCGCUCGUGAAAUGGCUCGAAUUUUGGGAUCUGAAUUUCCUGCCGCUGCUAUUGCCCUUAAGGGCAUCAUGAAAGAGGCUGAGUCGGCGAUUGGUUUGCUGAGGGGAGAUCAAGAGAAAAACAAUGCAAAGAUAGCCUGCACCGAUCGUGUCCGGCAUUGUACCUUGUUAAUUAUGUUGGAGUUGUGUGAUGAAUGUUCUGCCGUUCCAGAGCCUACUGUGUGUGACAUUACUGGAGAUUUGAAUUCCAAUGAAUCAGAUAAUAAACUGGCUGAUAAUGGCAAUCAUGAGGAAAGGGGCAAUGUAAGUGAAAAUAAGAACUCCAAGAAGGAACUAGCAAGAAAUGAGAUGGAUGAAAGCAAUAGGACAGAUGAAAAUCAGCAAGGGCCUUUUUUGAAGGCUGGUACAGAAAAACAAGUUGACCUGGUGGGAAGCAGCAAUAAUGAGGGCUAUAGUUCCACUUCUAAGAAGCUGAAAGAUGUGUUGAAAGAUCAGCACAGUCCCCUGGUUGGAAAAGCUCGUGGGCACAAAAAGGUUUGUCUCUGUGAGUUUGAGCAUCCUGGCAUACUCUUUUGCUCUGCCUAA